AUGCCCUUUAGAGUUGUUGCUCCUGUAAAUGUUUACUUGAUUCCAACCUUGGGCUCCAUCUCACUGCUGAAUAAUGGAUUUAAGUACAAUGGAUCGGGGCCAAUUGACGCUGCUAGGAUCUGCAUCUUGUGUGAUGCUUACGAUGCAUUUCUCUGUCCAGGAAGCAAAACUUUUUUCAUGUUUUUGGACUCUAUUAAGGAGUGUUAUGAGGCUCUGGUGAUUGCUAAGUUCUUGGCUCUAAUGUAUAGUUACCUGAAGAUAUCCAUAAGCAAGAAUAUAGUGCCAGAUGAAAUCAAAGGAAGAGAAAUUCACCACUCGUUUCCUAUGACUCUUUUUCAGCCUCACACCGUUCGGCUAAACCACCAUACCCUGAAGCUACUCAAAUAUUGGACUUGGCAGUUUGUCAUCAUACGCCCAGUUUGUUCUGUCUUGAUGAUAACACUGCAAGCACUUGGACUCUACCCCAGUUGGUUGAGCUGGACAUUCACUAUCAUUCUUAAUGUUUCAGUUUCAUUAGCGUUAUACUCUCUAGUGGUGUUUUACCAUGUGUUUGCAAAGGAAUUGGCACCACAUUCCCCCCUUGCAAAGUUCCUGUGCAUCAAGGGAAUAGUCUUCUUCUGCUUUUGGCAGGGAGUGGUGAUUGACGUAUUAGCUGCUGUAGGCGUCAUUCGAUCUCAUCAUUUCUGGUUAGAUGUGGAGCACAUUGAGGAAGCUAUUCAGAAUGUCUUGAUAUGUCUGGAGAUGGUGGUGUUUUCUGUUCUCCAGCAAUAUGCAUACCAUGUUGCACCUUACAGCGGAGACGUAGAAUCAAAGAUGAAAUUAAACAAGAAGAGGGAGUGA